UACCUCAGCAACGGACUGAGCCCGAUACUCGCAGUUUUUCUUCUUUUGACUGAACCGGUACACUCAGUUAGCUCCAGUGAUGGCAGCGGAGAAACAGGGAGCCACCCAGCCGGCGGCAAAGGACCCGGCGGAGAUCAAUGACGCGCCGCCAGAUGUCGAGUCCCAAAUUAGGACUGCCAUGCGGUCUCGCGUCGACUACUUCAAAGAUCAAGCAGAUUCUUUGACAUUUGAGGGAGUAAGGAGGGUUUUGGAAAAGGACUUGGGUCUGGAGAAAUUUGCGUUGGAUGUGCAUAAGAGAUUUGUGAAGCAAUUGCUGCUGGAGUGCAUGCAGGGCGCUGUUGAUGGUAGUGGCCAUCAGGAUUCAACAGAAAAGGUUGCAAAAGCCGCAUGUUCAAUUGAAGAAGAAGCAGCAGAAAUACCUGGAGGGGAUGUAUCAAAAAUUGACACAAAGGAUCAUGAUAGCGAGGAGGAGAAAAUGGAAGAUUCCCCUGUAAUGGGACUUAUGACAGGUCAUAAGAAAUCUAAAACAGAAACUAAUAAGAACAAAGAUAUUGAGAAGAAAGUGCCAAGCGAGAGCAUCAUAAAAAAGGCAAUUUUGAAGAGGGCUUCAUAUAUUGGAGCUAACUCUGAAAGCAUUACAAUGGCUGGACUGCGUCGACUUCUAGAGGAAGAUCUUAAACUUGAUAGUGGUGCACUUGAUCCCUUCAAGAAGUUUAUAAGCACUCAGUUAGAUGAGGUAUUGCAGUCUCCUGAAAUCUACACUUCGAAGAAGAAAACUGUGACGAAUAAAUCCCACGAUAGAAGUGCUAAAAGAGUGAGCAUUGAUGUGAGAUCAGAUUCGUCAGGCAAGGUUGAAGAUGAGCAGGAUGUAGAUGAAGCAAAACCUAAACGUAAGGUUGGUUCAAAAGAGAGGACAGUGAGCACUGAGGGUCCAAAAAAACGGAAAAGUUCUGAGAAGGAAUCCAAGGUAUCUGGUAAUAAGCAAAGCAAGCGUCCGAAAACUUCAUCACAUGACAAUAGCGAAUCAGCAGAUGAAGUAAAUGCCUCUGACAAUGGUGAUUCUCAGUCGUCACAGGAAAAGCAAGUGAAGAAAAGGGAACCUUCUACUCCUGCCCCGAUAUAUGAAAAGCGUGUGGAGCAUCUCAAAUCUGUUAUCAAAUCUUGUGGGAUGAGUGUUCCGCCAGCUAUAUAUAAGAAGGUGAAGCAGGUGCCUGAAAAUAAACGUGAGGCAGAGCUAAUAAAAGAACUUGAGGCUAUACUUUCUAGAGAAGACUUGUCAUCUUAUCCUUCCGAAAAAGAAAUAAAAGAAGUUAGGAGGAGAAAGGAGAGAGCCAAAGAACUUGAGGGCAUUGACAUGAGCAACAUUGUGUCCAGUUCACGGAGGAGGUCAACAAGCAGUUAUGUCCCUCCUCCUAAGCCACCUAAAGUACCUAUUGAAAGUGAUAGCGACACUGAUGAAGCAGAGGAUGAUGAUGAUGAUGACAAUAAUGAGCAUGAAGAUGUGGACAACGAUGUGGAUGAAGAAAGCCGGAGUGAGGAGCUCGAGGACGAGGAGUAAUAGGGGGCACAGAGAAUGAAAUCACCGAAGGGCUGAUUGUUUGCUCGUUGAUUGACUGUUUGAAGCCUCUGCCGGGUCAACUGAAACUAGAGAUACGUAUUCUAUUUAGUUAGUUGCUUCUAUAUCCUGUUCCUAUUUUUUGCCACCUCUCUUCGUGGAUUCUCUCUUAUCAUUGCUUAGAAGCAGGUUUAGUAGGAAGGAUAGUCACAUCUAAUGGUCGGUAUAAGCAUAGAACUUCGUCGCAGCUGGUCCGAAUAGGGAUGUCAAUAUGUUAUGCUGUUGUUGAUUGGAUGAAUCGUUCAGUUAUGAGGUGACCCCUGUUCCGACUUUGUGGUCUAAAGUAGUUUAGUGGCCUGGCUCUAUGGAUUGAGUCAUGGGAUCCGUCAAAGUGCAGUUUAGGUAUUUGGCUGUGGGUGCUUUCCUGGUGUAAUAUUUGAAAUUGUGAAAUAUUAUUGUAAUCUUAUAUGAUAACUCUCUUUAUGCGGGAAGAAAGAAAGUUGGAGUUCCAUG